AUGAAAAAGGGAAAAGUAUUACAGCUUCAACGGUCGAAUCAAAUAAAGGCGAUUGGGUUUGGGUAUAGUCGAAAACCUUCUUUGGAUUUGCCGAAAAUCUUUGGAAUUCAUUUAUUCCUCUCUGGGAUGGCUUGCUUUGGUUUUGGUGCAUUUCAUGUAACAGGCCUAUACGGUUCUGGAAUAUGGGUGUCCGAUCCUUAUGGACUAACGGGAACCCUAUCUUUAGGGAUAAAGACGGGCGUGAGCUUUUUAAGGGCAGAAUCGAAGUAUAGUGUUGAGCAAGUAGGUAUAACGCUUGAGUUCUGCGGCGGCGAACUCGAUGGAGUCAUAGAUAUUGAUGGUAUUCGUGAACCUGUUUCUGGAUCUUUACUUUACGGAAACAAUAUUAUCUCCGGUGCCAUUAUUCCUACUUCUGCAGCUAUUGCUUGUUACAUGGGUUGUGAGUGGGUGCUUGUUACAAAGUAG